AUGUCACCUUUCUCCUUUUUAUUUUCUGUAAUAUUGCAACCCCAAAUCCUCAAAGUCCCCAUCGUCGUCUUCUCCCCCAAAAUCCACCCCAAUUCACUCCUUUCCUUCCACCAAGAGCUUCCACUUCUGGGUUCCAGCUUCAACGGAAGCUACCAGAAGCUCAUCCUCGACGAUACCGUCUCUCUCGCGAUCAAGCGCCUAAACCCCUCCAAAAUCGGCGGCGGCGGCGGCUCCCGUGAGUCCCAAUCCAAGUCGUCCCUCAACCGAGAAACCCAGCACCAGCUCGAACUGCUCGUUGGGUUGAAGCACCGCAACCAGCUCGAACUCCUAGCUGUUCUUGAUCUUAGAUCUAAGGAUUGGGGAUCUGUCGAUCUGGGCUGUGGUUAG